AUGUCCUCUCGAGGCGCCGCGGUCACGACGAUGGCGAAGGUCAGCCGCCUCGUCUCCCCGCGUCUCCGUAUCAUCCAUCGCGACUAUCUCACCCGCCGUGGUGGCCGCACGCACCAGCGGCGCUCGGCCGUUGCGGUCGACUACACACCGACGUACUUUGCAACGUACAGGAGCGACCCGGGGCAGUGCCCGCGCCUCAUCGAUGCCGAGGCAGUGCACGGCGAUGAACAGGCUUUCUGGUCCGCUCGCCGCGACUUCUACCGUGGCGGGGCAUCGCGGUCGUACUACCCCACGUGGGACCGGCAGGCGCAGGCGCUCAUCAUGCUCACCCGCGAAGUCCCUCGCAUUCCGCAGGAGGCCGCGUUUCGCUUGUUUACAUUGGGCUUGAAGAUGAUGCUGCUGCCACGGUUGGUGGCCGGUGUGGAGCUGAUGCUGCCGUCGUGGGUGACAAUGAACGCUGAGUCGUUGCUGGGUGAGGGCCUAGAGGGCAAGGUGGCGGAGGCGGAUGGCAACGGUGAGGCGACUGGCGCGGCGGCAGAUGUUGCUGCACCGCUCUCGGCAUCUUCGACGGGUGCCGCUGCAGACAGCGACUCGGCGAAUGUGGAGAAGAAGUAG